AUCAUUUGAUCAACGAAUUCCUCUGCAGAAACCACACAGAAAUGGCUGCCAGCAAUAUCGCAUCCAUUCUUUGCAUCAUCAUCACCGUCCAUUUUCUAUCAUCUUCUCAUCAUCGGACGGCUCUCGCUCGUCCCUCCCCGGCGUUUCCUGACGUCACUCCCAUGGAAACUCAACUUCUGGAGGAAAGGACCAUAGGCAUGGAUGAUGCAUCAUCAGCAUCAUCAUCAUCAUCAUCAUCAUCAUGUGAAGGAAUGAUGGGUGAAGAACAUGAACAUGAGGAAUGCAUGAUGAUGAUGAGGAGGACAAUGGAAGCACACCUUGAUUAUAUUUACACACAGUCACACACUACUCAUAACCAACCCUAAUUAUUAUUUAUUCCUAUUUACUAUAUAAUGCUAUUAUAUCCAUUUCUAAAUUAUUAUUACUAUUAUUGUAAUUGUAAUUUAAAUUCAAUUAUAAUUAGUUUCAGUA